AUGGAUUAUAGUUUGCCAAUAGCUAGCAGGACCAGACAGGGGCGAGCCCAGUUUUAUGAAGACUGUAUUGUGGAGAAGAAGGAGAAGAUGAAGAAGGGGAGGAAGGAGAGUAAUGGGGUUGACUUGGCUGGUUCUAGCAGACCCCAUAGAGUUGACGGGGUUAAAGGGUAUGAGAGAUUAGGGUCUGAGAGUGAGUCUUUUGCUGUGUCUGAUAGUAGCGUGGAGGAGAUUGAUGUGGAUGAUUGUAGUGAAGAAGGAGAUGAAUUGAUGGAUUUUGUGGGGAAUGAGAGUUUGAAGUUGAAGAAUAAGGGAAAUUCAAAUAAGGGUUUUGAGGGAAUGGCCAAUGUGGAUGAAAUUAUGCUGGAUAAUAGUGAGGAUGAGGUGGUUAUUUUGGGUGAAGGAAGAGAUUUGGUUGGGGCAGAGAGUGAGGAGGACGUUAUUUGUAUAGAUGUUGAUGAGGAGGAUGAUAUGAGUGAGGAAGAUGUGACUGAGAGUGGUGAACUGAAUUCUGAUUGGAGGAGGGGUAAUGAUGAACCUGUUUCAUUGAGAAAAGGAAAGGGUGAGACUAAUAGCUUGAACAUAGAUGAGAGGAAGAGUAGUGAGGAUGGGGAUGGUUGUGGUGAUGCUGUGUUUGAUGAUUCAUGUGAUGCUGUUGAUUUAGUAGGGUCUGACUCAUCGUUAGAAUCAUCCUCUUGUGAAGAGGACAAAAAUGAUGAGGAUGAUCAGGAUUAUGAAGUGGAAAAGUUGGAAACUUGUGCUAGUUUGGAGCAAUUGAGUUCGGAUAGUGGGGGUGAAGAGGAGGAAAAAGGGGGAGAUGCUGAGGAAUUUGAGGUUGUGAAGAGAGGGAGUCAUGGGAGGGGGAGGCCAAAAGGAGUUGAUGUUGGGUUGAAGAGGAGGAAGUAUGGAUUGGAAAUUUUGGUUGAUGUAGAGAAUGACGAAGAUAAUUGUGUGGCUCGAAGAACCCGUUCUUGUUUUGUUUCAAAAUUGGGAAAAAAGAAAAUGAAGCUCGGAACUUUAAGUCACCCACUUUGUGUUGAUGAGGAGGAAGUGGAGUCUUCAUCCGGGCAUGAUGAUAGUGAUGAUGUUGCUGAUGAUGUUGGCAGUGGUCGUGUGAAGGCUGGGUCUAAUGAUGAGAGUGAAGAUUAUUCUAGUGAUGAUGAGACUGGUCAUGGUGGUAAGAUAAAAUCUGUGUCUGCUAGUGAGAAAUUUAAAACUAACAGAGGCAACAUAGAUGCUUGUGAGAGGAAUUUACAUGGGAAGGAUAAAGGGAAGUUGAAGAUACCAAUCAAGGGAAAUCGCAUCCGUUUGUCAAAAAAUUGUAAUGUUUUGACUAUUCUUGCGGAUUCCAUUUUGGAGAAGGGAGAUCGUUUGGAAGAAUUGGUUUCUUUUAGAGAUGAAAGUAAUCCACCAGUUGCUGAGAUGUCUCUCCCAUUGAAGUUCACUUUUGGAAUUCAGGAGUCAAAUCCACCAGAGAAAUCAGAAGAAGAGAAAGAAAUGGAUAAACUUUGGGCUGAUAUGGAGUUAGCUCUUAGAUCGAGUGAAAUUGGUUAUGUUGAAGAUGAAGAUUCCCUUCUUCCGGAGGAUGAAGUCGAUAGAGCUACCCUUUGCCAUCAAGGGUAUCAUCAGCUUAUUCUUGAUGAAGAAGUUGGACUGAGAUGUGAAUUUUGCCCACACGUGCAACUGGAAAUCAAGUAUAUUGUACCAGAUUUUAGUAUAAAUCCUUUUAGAAAAUCAGACAGGAGAGACUCAGGUGCAAUGAACAACUCCAUCAUUGAUGAGCUUAGGUCUCAAGACUGGUGUGGUGAUUCCCUCUCUAACUGUGAUCCCCAACUUCGAGCUGAAGGCACUGUGUGGGACAUCAUUCCUGGUAUAAAAAAUAGUUUGUAUCCACAUCAAUGUGAAGGUUUUGAAUUUAUUUGGAAGAAUAUAGCUGGAGGAAUUCAUAUUCAGAAGUUGAAACAUCAAACGACUUGUGCUGGUGGGAGUGGCUGCAUUAUAUCACAUGCUCCUGGGACAGGAAAAACCCGUUUAACCAUUGUUUUUCUUCAGACAUACAUGAAAUUACAUCCCACAUGCAGGCCUGUCAUUGUUGCUCCUCGUAGCAUGCUCCUUACAUGGGAAGAGGAGUUCCGGAAAUGGGAUUUUGACAUCCCAUUUCACAAUCUGAACAAGAAUGAGUUGUCAGGCAAGGAAAAGCUGAGGCAAGAUGGACACAUGAACAUAAGUGUAAUCCGUAUGGUAAAGUUGUAUUCCUGGAAAAAGGAUAGAAGCAUCCUGGGGAUCAGUUACACACUGUUUGAAAAGCUUGCUGGAGAAGUUAAUAAAAAGGGUAAAGUAAGGACUGAACAAGAUAGUCAUUUCAGGAAGAUCCUUCUUGAGGUUCCUGGUAUUGUAGUCCUUGAUGAAGGGCACGUUGCUCGCAAUCCUGAUAGUCGUAUCCUGCAGGUUUUGUCAAAUAUAAAAACGGAUAAGCGCAUCAUCCUUUCGGGAACUCCAUUUCAAAAUAAUUUUUAUGAGCUUUAUAAUACGCUAUGCUUGGCAAGGCCAGUGUUUGAAGACAAAGAAGGUAAAUGGUUAUCUCUUACGAGUUCCAUUACUAAAGUCACUGAUGAUAGACUGAAAUAUGAGAAACUGAGGAAGGUUAGAGAUAUGAUUCAGCCAUUUGUUCAUGUACACAAAGGUUUCAUACUACAAGAAAAACUUCCAGGGCUGAGGGACUCUUUGGUUAUAUUACAGCCAUCCCAGCUGCAGAAGAGCCUCUUUGAGGAACUCCGUGAUCAUUUUGUAAGGUCCAGCUUCAAAUUUGAUCAUUAUGAAUCUUUGAUUUCUCUCCACCCUUCACUGUUGCUACAGUGUGGAGAUGACAGUUUUCCUUCUGACAAGCAUAAAUUAGAAAAAUCGAAUCUUGAGGCUGGAGUCAAAGCAAAAUUUUUAAUUGAACUCAUCCGGCUUUCUGAGGCUGUGAAUGAAAAAGUUUUGGUUUUUAGUCAAUUCCUUGAACCGUUAGCCUUUAUAAAGGACCAGCUUAAGUAUCAUUUUAAUUGGAAUGAAGGAAAAGAGAUGUUGUAUAUGGAUGGAAAGCAUAGUAUGGAGCAGCGCCAAUCCUCAAUUAAUGUUUUCAAUGAUCCAACUAGUGAAGCAAGGGUAUUAUUAGCAUCAAUAAAGGCAAGCCGUGAAGGGAUAAAUCUGGUUGGGGCUUCAAGGGUUGUUUUACUGGAUGUGGUAUGGAAUCCUUCAGUUGAAAGGCAAGCUAUAUGUCGUGCAUAUAGGCUUGGGCAGAAAAAGAUAGUGUACAUAUACCAUCUCAUUGCGUCUGGUGCAAGGGAAGAAGCGAAGUAUUAUCGACAAACUGAGAAGGACUUGUUGUCUGAGUUAGUAUUCUGUUCUUCUGGCAGGGGUUGUGAUCAGCAGAAAAUCUCCCGGACAGUGUCAGAUGAUAAAAUUUUGGAAGAGAUGGUUCAACAUGAUAAACUUAAGUAUAUGUUUGAAAAGAUAGCAUACCAACAGAAAGAGUCUAAACUGAUUGAGACUUAUAGCUGGUUGGAGAAAGAACCAGUAACAUCCUCACCAUCUAGUCCUUGA